AUGUUCUUAAUUUUUGUAUAAAAUGUCAAUUACUGGAGAUCUACCUCUCACUGGAUUUCAGUUUCGGAGCCAACAAAGACAAAUUUUACUGUUGAAUAUUACCUGACUGCUGGAUCUACUACAAGCCCAGCAGCCAACUAUGACUGCAGCAAGAAUUCCAAAGGUCAAGAGCCACCUCCUUCCUUCUAUUCCUUUGAUGCAAAACAAGAGGGCUGAAUGGAGUACAAACUUAAACUGGAGAAGCACAUUCCAGCCUACAAAAUCUCAGGAACUUUGGAACCCAGACUACAGCUCCUGAGCAGCCUCUGCCAGUGCCUGUUGUUUGGGUAUAUGGGACAACAAGACAUCAAUACCUGCCUGCCCAUGCAGCCACAACUGCAGCCAAUGGACCCAUUGCCAUUCACAGUGACAUCAGCCACAGACAUCGAGCCUGUAUUAGCAUCAGUGUUUUGCAAAAUAGACAGAUUUCUAUGGUUUUACUUUGUAUGCACUCCUUUUCCAUUUAUAGAUGUCUGUAUAACACCUUCCCUAAUUUUCUUUUCAAACUUCUUAUGUUAAAGUUCCUAUGUGAAGCACAAGUUAUGCAAUGCAUCAGAAUUGUAGAAAGAAAUUCCCCCCACACUACUUUAUUGUUCAGAUCAUUCUGUUUGAAAUGAGCUAACCAAAAGUUAUUGCAAUUAUAAAAAUUUGUACAUCUUGCCAUAGACAA